UUGGGCGGUUGUCUGGAAGGCCAGAAAAUGGAAUCGGCAGAAUGGGUAAACCUUAUGAAGACGCCAGAGGAGCGGCCGGCGGCCAGGUCUCGUCGCCUUGCCAACGGCACCUCCUCCCAGGACGCGGCCCGCGCGCUGCGGGUCCUCGAAAACACCCCGCAGGGAAAGGUGGGCGUUAAAAAGAGUAAGACCACGGAGGUCGAAGCUCUACGCGGGCAGGUGACGUCUCUGGUGAAGGAGAAGAGAGACCUGUCCCUCAGGGCUGCGGAGGGCGAGAGGCUGCUGAGCGGCGCAAAACAGGAGCUGCAGACUGCGCUGAAGACCAACUCCAAGACCAAGACAGAUAUGGAGGACCAGAGAAGAGUCAUUCACAGACUUUCUGCCGACAAUGCAAGACUCAUUAGACAGGUGGAAUCGCAAUGGAAACAGUCACCCGAGCUCAAAACUCCGCCCUCCUCUACUUCGACUCCGCUGAUUUCAAACCACACCCACCCAAACAACAUCCUCGUCAAAGAUCUGGAGCGUUUGUCUCAGCGAGCCACGGAGCUGAGCCAGUCUCUCUCCAGCACGCAGCAGGCCCGGACGACCUUGGAGAGGGAGCUGCUGGCUCUGAAGAGAUCCCAGCUGGACCUCCAGAGCACUCGCUCACACCUCGAGGAGGAACUGGCCAAGUCAGAGGAAGAGAGAGCGGCUCUGUACCAGCGGCUGGCCGAGAGCGAGGAGGGAGGGAGACGUCGAUCAGAGCAGAUGCAGCUGUCAAUGGAGGCAGCUCUCAACGACAAGACCGCCAAGCUGGAGGAGUUGUUGUCACUGAGUGAGAGGCUGCAGAGAGCUCUCAGCUCCCUCUCGAGGGAGAAGGCCAGUUUGGAGUCUUGUCUGAGGGACGAGGUCGCCAGCAACCAGGCACUCACCACCGAGAGAGAUGGUCUGAAGGCACAGUUGGCUGAACUUGGAACAAGUCUGGAGCAGACGAGAGGAGAGCUGGCUCGCAUGCAGGACCACCAGCUAGCGGAGGUGACAGAAAUGAAGACAAUUCUGGAGAGGGAGAUGAUGUCUCUGCAGAAGGAGAGAGAAGACCUCAGCCAUGAGGUGGAGGGAGGGAGAGAGGAGAGGGAGAACUUGAGGAGGGAGCUGCUGGCCACGAGGGCUGAGCUGAGCAGAGCUGACAAUGAGGUUGAGAGGUUGUCAGAGGAGGCGGGUAGGCUGCAGUCCACUCUGGAGGAGGCUGAGAAAGAGAGAGCUGCUGAGUUGAGUGAGAUGACGGCCAGACAGGCCCGGCUCUCCGCUCACUGUCAGGGUCUGGAGAGAGAGAGGGAGGAGAGAGAUGACCAGACCGGGGAACUGAUGGAGCAACUGACCAAUCAGCUGGCAGAGAGUGGUGUCCACGGCGACCAGCUAGAGGCGGAGGCCCAGCAGUUGCGUCAACUGUUGGACACGAGGUCACAUGACUUACAGUCAAAGUCACGUGACCUAGACUCCGCCCAAUCACAGCUACAUCUCUCAAAGAUGGCCCAGGCAAAACUUGAGCAACAGGUUUCUGAUUUGGAUGCUAAAGUUUUAGCGCUGAACGAGCAGAUAAGAGCUCGAACUGAACUGACCAAUGAGAUGAGAGCUCUUCUCGAGCAGCGAGCCAAUCAGAUUCAAGAGCUUGAGACGAUUGUCUCACAACAGAGGGAGGAGCUGAUGUCUGUCAGUAGCCACACCCACCUGUCAGCUAGCCACACCCACUUCCUCUAUGGUGACUCCGCCCAUAUUACACAAGCCACACCCAUACAAUCUCCCUAUAGUUCUCGUCCAAUUUCCCCCGAGCCACACCCCUCGACCACGCCCACCACUAACGAGGUGUCUCGUCUCAGAAAGCAGCUGGCGGAGAGUCGAAGUCGUGUCCUGCAACUGGAGUCGUCCUGUGAGGAAAUCAGGACACAAUCGGCCAAAUACCUUGGAUCCCUGCAAGCACUCACUGCGAUACGAGACAGACUGACUGAAGAGAGUAAGUCACUCUCGGAGGGAAAAAGACGAGCCGAAGAGGGUCAAAGGUCGGCCGAGGAGGGGAGUCGGAGAGCCGAAGAGGGUCGGAGGGUGUUGUCACGGCAACUGUCAUCGUUACAGGGCGUUGUUACUGGGCUGAGGUCGCAGGUCGCAGAGUUGAAGGGAGAGAAAGAGGAGGCAAUGUCCCAGAUCUCGGAGUUGCAGGAGGCGUUUGCAGAGAGAGAGGCUGAGCUGGCCGAGGAGCUGGUUGCCAUGGAGGAUCAGAGCAUCGCCGCCAGCGAGACGGGAGAGGUGGAGAGAGACUAUCUCCAAUUAGAGCUCGCCAAGUCCCGGGCCAAGAACACGGAACUGGAGCAGAGCCUUCUCAGCCUUCAGAAAGUAAUGGAGAGAGAAAGAGAUGAGUUGCAAAGUGAGGUGGAAAAAUGCUCGUCUGACCUUUGCACCCUGAGAAGAGGCGACACCCAGGUCCGGGAAGAGUGCCAGCUGACGGCGGCCGUAAAUGCCAAACAGACCAAUCAGAUUGCAGAGAGAGAGGGGCAUGUCUCGGACCUGCUCGGCGAAGUGGAGGUGCUGCGUGCGAGGAAAGUCGUCAUGAUGAAAUGGCUCUGUGACACCGAGGGGGAAAAAGGUCUGAGACUGGAACUGGAAUCGGUCCGUGAGGAGUUACGAAACUCUCUAGAGGCCCAUGGUGCAGAGAUACUGUCGCUGACCCAGCAGCUAGUGGCCGAGAGGGAGAGAAGGGAGGAGGGGAGGGAGAGAAGGGAGGGUGAGGGAAGAUCACUAGUGGAGAGGAGAAAUCAACAAGUAUCCAGCGGACGCAGAGCUGAGCGGCUGAGGUCUCGACUCAGGAGUCAAGUAGAGCAGAGCAACUAUCUCAGAGUUAAACUAGGCUACACUCUGAAGGAGUUGCAGCUGUACAAGGAUCUGAAGUGUCAGCUAGACAGCCAGCUGUCGCAGCAAGCCUCAGAAAUGGCCUCCCUCCAGGAACACUACUCAGACUGCCUCAGGCAACUACAACAGGUGGAGAGACUCGGUUUCCAGGCAACCGUCUCCCCUAGCAACUCACUGGUCGCCACGGAUACAAGUCACCUACACCUAGUCUAAAUCUCAUUCUCCACUAAUCUCAUUUUAAACUUUGUCUCAUCGUCAUGAUGAUGUCAUUAUCAGCUCAUCCUUUCCUGCCUUUGACUCUCUUCCUAAUAUUGGUGUACAUGUUUAUUGCAAUGUUUCACAUGUUACUAAUUUUAGACUAAAUUAUUGUUGACAUCAUUUUUGACCUGUCAUUCAUGUUGUUUUUGUACAGUUGUCAUAAUAUUAAUGGUUCAGCCAUUAAACGAGGGAGGGUUUCUGCAGAAAUAGUCAAAGAUUCUACGUAACAUGGUGGAGACAGCCAAGGGUCUAUAAGAGGGUGCGAUUAUAGUGGAGAUGAGUGAAUCAGAGAAUGAAGAAUUGUUAGUGAAUCGCAGAUUGUUUUUCAGCUGCUCGUCAGCCAACUUUUGCUUUCUUCGCAUCUUCAGGAGCUCCAGGGGCAGGGGACGAGGCUGGUCGCUUGGCAACAGCAGCAGCUGCCUUGUCAGCAGGUUUUGGGUCUUGUAGCCACCUGACCUGGGUGGCCGGUCCGUAGCUGGAGGAAGAGAGACAAGAGAUGGAGAUUUACACGCACACCUUCAAAAUAAGAGAUGUAGCUUAGAGGCAUCGGAAGUGUCCUUAGUCAGACGUUUUCCUAAAUGAGAAGUAUUACUAAAUUUAGUAGAAACACGUGUCCUUCAUUUGGAGAUUCCACUAGAUUCCA